AUGCAAACGCCAAAUGUUGAGGGUAACCAAACGUCAUCAACAUUAUCACCAUCAAUAGCAAUACCAAUCCCAUCACCCACGCCAACUUUGGUAAUUCCUCCUCCAUACCAUGAACAUUCUCGAGUAAAUUUAGCAGUAAAUGCAGACGAUGGCUCGACUCCAAAUGACUCGACUCCAAAUAACCCGUUACAUACCCAAUGCAUUGGAACAGAGGGUAUGAGCGUAAUCUCACUAGCCAUAGAAGGCGAUCUAAACGGAGAGGGAAGAGAGUACAGAUCCAUAGGGAACAAGGGGACAAUCAAAAUAUGUAGACUAUGUCAUAAAAAAGAACAUUUAUCAAUGACGCAAAAUACUUCACCUACGAGCUCGUUCUUGUCUCUUUUUAUUACGUCUACGUUAUCUCCAUCAAAACUCAUCUCUGCGUGCAAAUGUCAUACACAUAAUCAUUACGUUCAUAUCGAAUGUCUGGAACAUUGGCAGAAUACACAAAACGGUUCCCGCGUACAUAAUUCGCAAUCUAUUUCAUCGUUUUCAUGUGACAAGUGUGGUUUCAAAUAUCGGUUAUAUCGCCUCAAAGCAGCAAAGAUUGUUUCGCAUUGGGCGAGUAAACAUUUUUACACAACGAUUCUAUUAUUGUUGACUAUUUUAUUAGUUAGUGCAAUCGCUCAUCUUGCAAUUAUAUACCUUAUCAAGGAUGGAAUGGAUGAAUUUCCUUCCAAAUCAACCGAUCCGCUCAUUUUAACCUUAGACGAACCAACACCAAUUUUCUCCCUAUCACAUCUCGACUUUAUUUGCGGCGUUUGCACAGUUUCCUUUGUUGGUCUUGUCUACACCUUAUUGUUAGUUAGAUUUUCUUCCACUUCUCCAAUUCUCACCUGCUGCGUAGCUUCGGAUCAAUCAGACUACAAUGGGCGUAAUACGUGUGGAAGCGGUGGUAGUAACGGUGAUUGUGUGUUUGUAGCAAUCGCGACAGUAUUGAUGCUACUUGCAUCGUUAGUUGUGUGCGGACUAUUUGGUGCUGUAUUCGGUGCUUAUAUUUUUGCAAACAGAAUAGUGGAACGGUUGAUGGAGUUUAUGGGUGGGUGGAUGGUUGAGGUUGGUAGGUGA